CUGCUGCUGGAAGCGGCCGCAUUGCAACAAAGUUUAUAUUACACUAGCUGCGUUUGACUUGACAGCACAGUAAUCGCAGCUUCGUCGCACCUCUUCUUCGCCCCGUGAUAUCGCUACUUAAUGUAUAAUGCCGCCGCAUUAAACAGUUCGUUGAAUAUGUGUUGAAGACAAACAUACUGACUGUAACCCGUGAGUCAACAUUUGUAACUGUCCUCGGUUUCUGCUAAACCAUACAAUUGGCCCAUCGGUGGUAAUGUGUUUGUUUACCAACCCCGACAAACGUCACGUCGUCGCGGGAGCACCUGUUUAGCUUCAGUAACAUCCACGGAGCCGGUCCAUUGACAAAGAGACCCACCAAGGGUCGAGAUCCAGUAGCUGAUUGUUUUUUUUAGGUGUAGGGGUCUACGCAAACCCAACCCUUAAAUUAGCUCAAUUGAAAGUCCAUGGUCGAGAGGGAGACAAGUUGACACGGUUUCCGGGAGGCAACCACACACUAAUAUUGUUGCCCCAAAAUAUACCUGUCGGCCACUGCCGAGUCCACCGUCGUCUCGCGUCUCGCCAGCCGUCCACUGAUCCUCCACAAUGAACGUUUCGAAGAGCGGCUACCGGGUCUUCUCUGCCAACUCGACCCCUGCGUGCAUCGAGCUGGCCAAGAAGAUCACCGAGCGCCUAGGAGUUGAUUUGGGCAAGUCAGUAGUUUACCAAGAGUCAAAUGGAGAGACGAGAGUGGAUGUGAAAGAAUCUGUCCGUGGCCAGGACAUAUUUAUCAUCCAGACAAUUCCCAGGGAUGUGAACACGGCCAUCAUGGAGCUGCUGGUGAUGGCGUAUGCCCUGAAGACGUCCUGUGCCAAGAACAUCAUCGGCGUCAUCCCCUACUUCCCCUACAGCAAGCAGUGCAAGAUGAGGAAGAGGGGAUCCAUUGUGUGCAAGCUGCUGGCCUCCAUGCUGGCUAAAGCAGGACUAACGCACAUCAUCACCAUGGACCUCCAUCAGAAGGAGAUCCAGGGAUUCUUUAGCUGCCCAGUGGACAACCUGAGGGCCUCUCCCUUCCUUAUCCAGUACAUCCAGGAGGAGAUCCCGGACUACAGGAACGCUGUGAUCGUUGCAAAGUCCCCUUCAGCUGCCAAGAGAGCCCAGUCCUACGCUGAGCGACUGAGGCUGGGUCUGGCCGUCAUCCACGGAGAGGCCCCUGGUUCGGAGGCAGACAUGGCAGACGGGCGCCAUUCUCCCCCUGCCACGCGGACCACCACGGGACACACCGGUCUGGAGAUCCCACAGACCCGUCGUCGAGCAACGUUCCCUGGCCUAGAGCUACCAAUCAUGAUGGCAAAGGAGAAGCCCCCCAUAACAGUCGUCGGGGACGUCGGAGGCCGGAUCGCCAUCAUAGUGGACGACAUCGUUGACAACGUGGAGGACUUUGUGGCGGCGGCGGAGCUGCUGAAGGAGCGAGGAGCCUACAAGAUCUACAUCAUGGCCACCCAUGGCCUGCUGUCGGCCGAGGCCCCCACGCGCAUCGAGGAGUCCGCCAUCGACGAGGUGGUGGUGACCAACACCGUGCCCCACGAGCUGCAGAAGCUCCAGUGUCCCAAGAUCAAGACCGUGGACGUCAGCAUGAUCCUGGCCGAGGCCAUCCGCCGCAUCCACAACGGGGAGUCCAUGGCCUACCUGUUCCGCAACAUCGCCGUGGACGACUGAGACAGAGCCACGUAUAUACACAUACAAUGCCACACUUCGCCGCGAAUACAUUCCUACAAGACCAGAGCUCACACGCAAGAAGCAUACACGAAAGACCAAUCGCCACCAAAUCACAACUCGGCGUUCCAUCUUUAUUUUUUUUGCUUGAGAUUAUUGUUUCAGUGUAUCCUGUUUGGCCCAUGUGAAACUUGAACUGGUUACAGUGCGACGCUUGUGGGGUACAGUUUUUCCCAUGAGGGGCUUCUCUUCUCCCCCCCACCCCCCCCCCCCCCCCCCCUAUUCUAUGUAUGUCAUCGUAUGUAUGUUCUGCUCCCAGUGCCCUACCCUGCUACUUGAUUUGGAUAAUUAAACAUUUUCUGGGAUGAAUACAAUUCUGUUCUCCUUUGACUGAACGCAGGUAGAAUAUAUUGCAGUGUAAUAACUUGGUUGUUUUGGUGUUUACCAAGGUUAAUAUCUGAAACAUUGUGUGUGUGUGUGUGUGUGUGUGUGUGUGUGUGUGUGUGUGUGUGUGUGCACCUGAACCUGAGCUUCUUUCACUACCUCUUUCAGUUGCAGAGGAAGUGUUUCUUUAUUCCUCCUUAAACCACUACUAAGAACAAAAAGUCUGUCUGGUUUGUAUCACCCCCCAUUUUUAUUGAACAAAAUCUCACAAUCAUCCGCUUAUUUCAUACAAAUAUUUACUUGUAUCUCUCGUCAACCAUGAAGAAAAUGCACAAUAGCUGAUCAAUACGCAAGCAGGCAACAUUGCCAGUUUGUACAUUUAAGUAGUCAUCCAUUCAUCCUCGUAUAUUAUCAAAAGAUAAUCUAAAUCAAUGAACUCCUUCUUUGUUUUCCUAAAAAGUGGAGAAUAAAGCCAUGAGAUGUGUAUGAACACGACAUAUACAAUAUCCUCCCCCUGAAUUGUGCCCUGGCUUGAACAAAGACCUCUGCAUCAACAUAAAUGUUACCAUAAUUGAAUGUGGCGGUACAACAAGUACCGCCACAUUCAAUUACAUACGUUACACAUUACAUUUCAUAUCUGGAUGACAAAAUAACGUAACGUGAUUUCAAAAGCAGAAGCAGCAAAAGCAAGUUAAUAAAACAAAAAUAAACAGAAAA